GAGCGCGCGCAGAACGUCACGAUCGCCGUGUCGCGCGUCGCGCGCAAGUUCGACGGCGACAUGGACCGGCUCUGGGCCUCCGUCGCCCAGCUCGACGCCCGCCUCGGCGCCGACGACUACGAGCGGCUCCGGCCGGCGCUGCCGAGCGACGGCGAGUGCGCGGCCGUCCGGGCCUGGUUGGCGGCGACGCCGGGCCGCGACGCGGCGUCCCUGGGCGCCGCGGAGCGCUUCGUCGACGCCGCGGGCCGCGCGGGCGACCGCGCGGGGCUCCUCGACACGGCGCUGGCCGUCAGCGGCUUCGACGCGCGGCUCGUAGCCGCGGAGUCCGCCGCGGCGGCGGUCCUCGCGGCCGCGGCGGCCGUGCUCGACAGCGGCGGCCUCGCGCGCGCCCUGCGCCACAUCCUAGCCGUGGGCAACGCCAUGAACGCGGGCACGGCGCGCGGCGACGCCGUCGGCGUGACCCUCGCGUCGCUCGGGCAGAUCGUGCACACGAAGGGCCGCGACCGGUCGACGACGGUGUUGGACUACGUCGUCCGCGCGCUGUCGAAGCGGGGCCACGCGCCGGAGGUGCGGCGCGCCGCGCGGGACCUGCCCGGGCUCGUCGACGGCGCGCGGCGCGUGCCCGUCGCCGACGUGCUCCGGGAGCACCGCGCGCUCGAGGACGCGGUCCGCGGCGCGCGGCGCGCGCUCGCGGCGGCCGCGGCGGCGGCCGCCGACCUCGACGGCGCCGUCGCCGACGAGGAGAUGGAGAACAUGGCCGAGCACGAGGCGCCGCGCUUCUUCGACACGUUCACGAAGUCGGCGGGUUUUUCGCUCUUCCGCGCGGCGGAGCGGCGGCGGUCGCGGUCGCCGUCGGUGCAGGCGGACGCGGCGCGGCGGCGCGGCGCCCACGCCGAGCCGCCGCCGGUGCCGGGGCCGGCGGACGCGCCGGCGGCGGCGCCGGCGGCGCCGGCGGCCGAGGAGCGCGAGACCGUGGCGGUGGUGGAUCGCACGGCCGGCGUGCAGCAGUGCGAGGAGCUGCGGGGCCUGUCCGUCGCGGAGCAGGCGUGGCGGCUGCCGAAGCCCGUCGUCCGGCCGGUGUUCGAGCCCGGAGACGCGCGCGAGUCCUGCUUCGGCCGGACGACGAAGAACUUGAUCCUCUACGACAAGGAGGCGGCGUGCGCCUCGACGGCGGGGCUCGGCACGGUCUACAAGACCGCCGCCAUCCAGCCCAAACCCAUGCUCGAGCUCAAGGCGCCGCCCGUCGUGUUCACGCGGGGCGACAAGCUGCGGCUGCUGCGGGGCGGGAAGAUGAUCACGGCGCGCUUCUUCGGCGUCUUCGAGGGCGGCGAGGCCGUGUCGAAGCAGGGCAAG